GCGCGCGCGCGCCGCGCCAUCGCGCGGCCGGGACGGGAACUAGCGGCGCUAUGGCGGACUCGCUGCUGUCAAUCGCGUGACAUUUCACUCCCGUGCGCGUAUUUGUGCCGCGCUCGCGUGCCCGUGCGUGCCAACGAACGUCGCGGCGUGUCCGCCCGCGUGCGAGGAUACGAAAUCGUCGCGUGUGUCGCGUGUAUACGCGUGCGUUAACGAACGGGUCGCCCGGUUCGCGCGCCGACCCCGCUGCUGGUCGUUCGCGCUGCCAAAAUCUCGACGACGGAGUGAACACAGCCGCCCUACGCCAGCGCGCUCCGCGCGCGCGGUACAGUCUCCCGCGAAAGUACAGCGCUAGGCGAGGUACAGUCCGCGUAGAAAGUUAGUCCCUGACCGCGCGCGCCCGAGAGUCGAAAUUCGCGCGAAACAUCUCGAGCUUCGUGUGCAUCCCGUCGCUCCUCUUCUCGGUUCCUGCGACAGAAAAAAGGCACUCGAAUAAAUACAAUUUAAUCAUAUGAUUGAUUAUAAUUUAUUUAAUGCGAAAUAAAAAAGAAACAAUUCUCGGAGAUUUUAAAUAAAUAAUUCGGGCGAGAAGCAGUGUCUGUGAGAUUCACGAUACAGCAUGGGCAAUUCUGGCUUGAAACAGCAUUAUGAAACCGCGAAGAAGACCGGCACGCUGAAGCUGUCUCAGCACAAGCUGGACGAGUUCCCGCAAAACCUCCGUGCCUUGGCGCCGUUGUUGCGCACCCUGGACCUAUCCGAGAACAAGUUUACCGCGCUGCCAAAUGAGAUCGGCGACUUUACGCUGCUGAAACAGCUGACCAUUAGUCACAACCGGCUGACCGGUUUGCCCGACACGCUAGGUGCGCUCGCGAAGCUGGAAGGUUUAAAUUGCGCCGCGAAUCAAAUCAGGUCGAUUCCGUCGUCGCUGGCAAAGCUGAAUCACCUGAAGCAGGUCAAUCUGUCCGACAAUCAGAUCUGCGACUUCCCGUUGGUGUUUUGCGGCCUCAAGCACCUGGACGUCCUCGAUCUGUCCAAGAAUCGAUUGACGAUCGUGCCGGACGCUGUCACUGGCCUCCACGUGACCGAACUCAAUCUCAAUCAGAAUCAGAUCGCCACCAUCUCCGAAAAGCUGGCGGAAUGCCCGCGAUUGAAAACGCUACGGUUGGAGGAAAACUGUCUACAGCUGAGCUCGGUGCCUCUCAGGAUUCUCAAGGAUUCCAAAAUAUCGGUAUUGGCACUCGAGGGAAAUCUCUUUGAAAUGAAGCAAUUCGCGAACCUGGACGGUUAUGACACUUACAUGGAACGCUACACAGCGGUUAAGAAGAAGAUGUAUUGAAAAAUGAUUUCGUACUGAAACGUAGAAAGUAUGAUAAUUAUAUAUUUGAAAUUGUAUGAUGAAAUUAAUAUAUUGUCCAUAAAAAAAAUAAAUUCUAGUUGGAUCAACAAUGUCGUGAAAAAAAAAAGAUUUAAUUAUUGUAUGAUAUAUAUUUGAUGUGUAUAUUUAGACGCAAAAUUAUUGUCAAUUUAAGAGUAAGCCGAUGUAAGAUAUUUAAAAAAUUGAAAUGAU